AUGACCGUCCAAACCACUACUACCAAGACAGUGGUGGUGCCCAAAGUUGCAAGUGCCAAGUGGGAUUACAGUUAUGUUUUAAGCUUCCUCAUGUUCAGAGUCUACAAGAUCGACGGCUGGGCUGACGACGGCGGCGCCAGCCUGAAAAAAGAGGAAAAAAGCCGCAGUGCUUUGACAGGCUGGGAUUUUGAGGAAUCAAGAACAGACUAG